AUGCUACUGCUGAGCGGUCUGCUUGCUCCCGUUGCGAACUUUUUCGCCAAGACGUGGUUUUAUGUGGCAUCUCCUCUUCUGUUUUCCCUAGUGGCUACAUUCCUAGACUUCAAAAAGAUUUCUGUAAAAGCUCUGUACGUGGGAUCAGUGCUUGUGGUUGCUGGCGCACUAGCUCGACUAGCCAGCGGUUUCGCUAUCGUAGCUUGUUCUCCUCUGAAUCUUGGUGAACAAUUCAUAGUUGUAUGGUCACUUUUUCCGAAAGGAACAGUCCAGGCUGCACUUGGACCAAAUCUUUUCACACUGGCUGAGAAGUACCCUCAAUUCAAAGAAGAAGCAUCAUUCGUGGUAAUCAGCUGCAUUGUUGCGGUGCUAAUAACAGCUCCCAUAGGAUCCUUCGUUCUUGAAGUAUUUGCUCCUAUCCUCAUCAAAAAGAAAGUCAUGAGUCAGGUUUCUCCCAAUGGGACGGACCACGCGAAAACGAUAGACACGAUUGAACUAGGAAACAAUGUAGUUAGGCAAUGA